AUGGCUGCCGACGGACCCAAGCCCGGCUUUCUGGGUAACCUCAACAAAGACCAGGAAGCCAAACUGCAAAAGCUCUGGGCAGUCCUGCUCAAGGCCGGCGAAACAGAUCUCAGCAACGAACCAACCGGUCCCAGUGUAGAGCAGAAUGUCUCCCCGACCCAGCCGCAAAGACGACAAUCGCUUCUUGGUCGCACGCAGAGCAACGUUUCGGAAACAAUCCCUAUCGCCAAUACACCCUACCAACAGAACAUUAUGAAAUACCUCGGAGAAUUGGGCGCUGGCGCCCCUGAGUCCAAGGCAAUCCAGAAGGCUCUUUCGGAAAUCACCCCCACUGAGCUUCGGACAGGAGUUCUCGAUACCCUGAAGCACGACCACCCUGACGCAAUGAUGCUACGAUUCCUUCGCGCACGCAAGUGGGAUGUCCCCAAGGCUUUCGCAAUGAUGAUGGAUGCGAUUGUCUGGCGUGUUAAGGAAAUGCACGUGGACGACGAUGUGAUGGCGAAGGGUGAGCUACAUGCUCUCAAGCAGACGCAGAAUAAGUCAAGCACAAGUGACCAGAAGGCUGGUCAAGACUUCUUGUCCCAGAUGCGCAUGGGUAAGAGUUAUGUCCAUGGCGUUGAUCGCGUGGGUCGUCCAAUUGUGGUUGUACGGGUUCGCUUGCACAAGCCUGGUGCCCAGACAGAGGAGUCGCUGGAGCGCUAUAUUGUUCAUGUUAUUGAGUCGGUGCGACUGACUCUGGCGUCUCCCGUUGAGACUGCGGCGGUUUUAUUCGAUAUGACAGGGUUCGGAUUGUCAAACAUGGAAUACCCACCUGUGAAAUUCAUUCUCAAGUGCUUUGAGGCCAAUUAUCCCGAAUCGCUGGGGAUUAUGCUUAUUCACAAUGCCCCCUGGGUCUUCUCGGGAAUCUGGCGACUUAUCCGAGGCUGGAUGGAUCCCGAGAUCGCAGCCAAGGUUCAAUUCACAAACAGUGUCUCCGAUUUGGAGAAAUUCAUCCCCCGGGACCAGAUCGUGAAGGAAAUGGGCGGAUCUGAAGACUGGGCUUACAAGUACAUCGAGCCAACCGAGAGCGAAAACUCAGCGAUGGAAGACACCACAACUCGGGAUGCUCUCAAGGCUGAGCGAUCAAGCAUCGGCGAUGAGUUCCUAGGUGCCACAUCUUCCUGGAUCGACGCGACAAAGUCAAAGGACGCGCCUAAGAUUCAAUCGGCUAUUAGCGAGAGAGAUUAUUUGGUUGAGCGACUGCGUGUGAACCACUGGAAGCUUGAUCCCUAUGUUCGCGCGCGUCUUUGUUUGGAUCGCAUGAAUGUGAUUCAAGAGGGUGGAAAGAUUGAUUUUUAUCCCAAGGAGGUCGACGUUGAUGCGAUCAAGGCAUCAAAAGUGGAGCAUCUAGAGAGUAUCAAUGGGGCAGUGGCACAGCCUGUUUCAUAG